AUGACUUCUCAUUAUAUGCUUUUGACAGGCCUAUUUUUCCUAGCUCUUGUCAAGGGUGCCUUAGGAACUACAGAGGCAUGUUUGCCAACCGGGGAGAAGAAAAAUGGGAUGGUUAUUAACUUUUAUCAAUACGAAAUAAAAGAUUCGUCUACUUAUUCUAAUCCGGCUUAUAUGGCAUAUGAAUAUGCUGAUAAAGAAAAAAUGGGCUCCGUAAGUGGACAAACGAAACUUUCCAUCGAUUAUUCAAUUCCAUGUAACGCUUCAGAUAAUUGUCCCUGUUCAGAUGAUGAUUCUUCUGAGGACAGCUCUACCCAGGUAGCUGUGAAGCGCGGUGUUAGGUUUUGUUCAGACAAUAAAACUCUUUCUUAUGCAAACAAGAAACGUGAGGAUGAAGUUUGUGAUGAAGGCGCUGCCUACUGGAGUUCGGAUCUGUUCGGUUUCUAUACAACGCCCACUAAUGUGACUGUGGAAAUGACAGGCUACUUUUUGCCACCAAAGACUGGUACCUAUACAUUUAGUUUCGCUACUGUAGAUGAUUCAGCAAUUCUAUCUGUUGGAGGUAAUGUUGCCUUUGAAUGCUGUAAGCAGGAUCAGCCUCCAAUAACAUCAACAGAUUUCACCAUUAACGGUAUUAAACCAUGGAAUGCGGAUGCGCCUACUAACAUUAAAGGCUCAACGUACAUGUAUGCUGGUUACUAUUAUCCAUUGAAAAUUGUUUAUUCAAAUGCUGUAUCUUGGGGUACCCUUCCUAUUAGUGUGACAUUGCCAGACGGUACUGAGGUUAACGAUGAUUUUGAAGGAUACGUUUACUCUUUUGAUGAUAGUAUUACCCAACCACAUUGUUCUGUUCCAAACCCUGCUGAUCAUGCAAGAACUUGUACCUCAAAAACAACACAAAUAUCUACUGGCUCUCAUGCGUCCUCUACCGAUGUCUGCACUGAGUGCACUGAAACUGCAUCCACAGGUUCCACAACCGCAUCUACCAGUUCUGUAGGUUCCACAACCGCAUCUACCAGUUCUUUAGGCUCCACAACCGUAUCUACCAGCUCUGCAGGUUACAGCAGCUCCUCUACAUCUAGUGAUGUCUGCACUGAGUGCACUGAAACUGCAUCCACAGGUUCCACAACCGCAUCUACCAGUUCUGUAGGUUCCACAACCGUAUCUACCAGUUCUGCAGGUUACAGCAGCUCCUCUACAUCUAGUGAUGUCUGCACUGAGUGCGCCGAAACUGCAUCCACAGGUUCCACAACCGCAUCUACCAGUUCUGUAGGUUCCACAACCGUAUCUACCAGCUCUGCAGGUUACAGCAGCUCCUCUACAUCUAGUGAUGUCUGCACUGAGUGCGCCGAAACUGCAUCCACAGGUUCCACAACCGCAUCUACCAGUUCUGUAGGUUCCACAACCGUAUCUACCAGUUCUGUAGGUUCCACAACCGCAUCUACCAGUUCUUUAGGUUCCACAACCGUAUCUACCAGUUCUGCAGGUUACAGCAGCUCCUCUACAUCUAGUGAUGUCUGCACUGAGUGCGCCGAAACUGCAUCCACAGGUUCCACAACCGCAUCUACCAGUUCUGUAGGUUCCACAACCGCAUCUACCAGUUCUGCAGGUUACAGCAGCUCCUCUACAUCUAGUGAUGUCUGCACUGAGUGCGCCGAAACUGCAUCCACAGGUUCCACAACCGCAUCUACCAGUUCUGUAGGUUCCACAACCGUAUCUACCAGUUCUGUAGGUUCCACAACCGCAUCUACCAGUUCUUUAGGUUCCACAACCGUAUCUACCAGUUCUGCAGGUUACAGCAGCUCCUCUACAUCUAGUGAUGUCUGCACUGAGUGCGCCGAAACUGCAUCCACAGGUUCCACAACCGCAUCUACCAGUUCUGUAGGUUCCACAACCGUAUCUACCAGUUCUGUAGGUUCCACAACCGCAUCUACCAGUUCUGUAGGUUCCACAACCGCAUCUACCAGUUCUGCAGGUUACAGCAGCUCCUCUACAUCUAGUGAUGUCUGCACUGAGUGCGCCGAAACUGCAUCCACAGGUUCCACAACCGCAUCUACCAGUUCUGUAGGUUCCACAACCGCAUCUACCAGUUCUGUAGGUUCCACAACCAUAUCUACCAGUUCUGUAGGUCCCACAACCGUAUCUACCAGUUCUGUAGGUUCCACAACCGUAUCUACCAGUUCUGUAGGUUCCACAACCGUAUCUACCAGUUCUGUAGGUUCCACAACCGUAUCUACCAGUUCUGUAGGUUCCACAACCGUAUCCACCAGUUCUGCAGGUUACAGCAGCUCCUCUACACCCUCUAACAGCACUCUGAAUUACAUCAGCUCUUCCGCGUCAGUAUCGCAGUCGAUAAUAUCUGUGUGCGCAACUUGUAGUGAAACCGAGAUUUCCAGCAUUUCCAUAACUAGUAGCGCUAUGCCAUCAAAAGAUAUCACUACUGUUCCUUUCUCGUCCUUUACGUCAACUUCUAAUUCUGCAACAUCUUCAACUCAAACAGACAUUACCCUUUCCCCCAGUCUAUCAUCUACUAUAAGCGAGUAUACCAACACUGUCACAUCAUAUUCUGGAUCAGCUACUCGUUCAUUCAUAACCUCUAUCGAAAGUGAGACCAGUUUUUCUGCUUCACAUAAAAAAUCCCCUGCUAGUGCGUCUUUAUCAUCAAACCGAGACAGUUUUACCAAUUACUUUACUCCGACUAUGCACAGAAUUACACCCAUAUACCCUAGUAAUCAAACUGUAAUCGUUAGCUCUACUGUCUCUACAUCAGUUACUUCUGGACCAUUUGAAUCCUCUGAAUCUCAUACAAUUCCGAUUACUACUGCUUCACCUUUAUCUAAAUCAUCCGCUAUGAAUGCAAGGAUCACAAGUACCUCUACGGCAUCAACAAAUUUGAUCACUAGCGCUCCAACAUCCUUUACAGGUGCAGCCACUGGCUUGUCGACAAUGUCUACUGGUUUAACAUCUAGCGUUUCCUUGUCAAGGGUUCAUUCAGCAUCCGGAAAACCUGAAUUAUCUAGCCAAAAAACCGUAAGUAGAUCUUCAGUCGUCAGUUCUAAAAAGCAGGAAUCGGUAAGCUCCUCUUUGGCCAAUCCCAGCUCCUCCAAAUCUUCGGAAAAUCAAAUCAAAUCCACUAGUUCCUUCUUUUCCAACGCCCAUCAAAUGACUACUGCUUCCAACUCUGUUUUAAUUUCUUCUGAGUCGGUGUCUUCAUCAGUUGUCUCUCUCCCUUCCGUUACCUCGGCUGCUAUUAGCUCUAGUAAACUGAAUCGCCAAACUGAAGUGGAGGAAUCUACGAGAAAGCACACCUCUCAUAGCGAUAAUGCAAGCAUGACUUUUUCAUCUCUUCCAACUUCUAAAGCAUAUGGGAUCCUCAGUGGUGAGACUUCCUCCGGAGUUUACCGUGAUCGUACAACUAUGUAUAGAAUAACUUCCGCUAUACCUACUGCAGCUGAACAAACCACUCUAGUUACCGUAACUUCCUGUGAAUCUAACACUUGCUCCGAGAGUGAUUCACUUGCUAUCGUUUCCACAGCGACAACUACCGUUAAUGGGAUUGUCACUGCAUAUACCACGUGGUGUCCUAUGUUUUCCACGAAACUAACAAAGGAGUCAACACUGGAGUCAAGAAGGAAAACCACCUUGGUUACCGUAACUUCUUGUGAGUCUGACAUCUGUUCUAAGACCGCUUCUCCUGCUAUUGUUUCUACAGCCACAGCUACUAUUAACGGGGCUGUCACUGAAUACACAACAUGGUCUCCUGUUUCCGCUACUGAAUCAAAACAGCAAACAACACUAGUCACAGUUACUUCUUGUCAAUCUGGUGUCUGUUCAGAAACUGUUUCACCUGCUAUAGUUUCGACAGUCACUGCUACCGUCAAUGAUUUCAUUACGGUUUUCCCCACAUGGAGUCCACAAACUACAGAUGAAACAGCCAGUAGCUCUAAUAUUGUAAGUCAUACCGAUAGAACUUCCACCAUGUCAGAAGCCGCUGAAACAAAAACAGCAACCCGCUCUUUGCUUUCAAAAUCUGAUUAUGUGGAAACACAUGCAACAGUUGCAACCAACGUUAUCGAACACAGUAGUAGUGUCAUUUCUGUACCUGGAACCACCAGCACCAAAUCUGUCACAACUUCCAGGUUGACUACUAUUUCUCAACAGUCUCGCAGCACUUCUUCAAACGGUACACCCGUAUUUAGCACUGCAUCUCUAGAAAUAUCAAGCUAUAUUGGCCUUGCCAAUGGUCUACUGGUCAAUCGUAGCCUAAGUGUUUUUAUUGCUUCCAUACUGCUAGUAAUAUUUUAA